AUGAAACCAGAGUUAGAGAACGAAUCACCUGCUACCUUUGGUGCAGCAGUCAAUGGGUAUGGACAUGGAAUUGUGCAUCUGGUGCUUCAGUCGUCGAUUAUUGCGGAUAGCUUUAAAGAUAGUGCAAGCGGUUUUGGUUUUGUUUUAUGGAAUCUUAUUGGUGCUGUUGGAGGUAUAGGUGGAACCGUUGUGCCAACGAUCAUGGCUGGUCAUGUUAUAAUCCCGGGCUGGCUCUGCGCCUAUGUAUUGAGUGCAACAUUAAGUACCAUGAUUGGGCUCUUGUUUUCUUUUUUGUCAUUGUUCCAACUUCCAAGGGAGAAGAAAUCUAGCUGCUCCAUUAUUUCUGAUCAUGAACGAGAUGAAAAAAUUGCUGCUGAGAGUUCGAACCCGGUUUGGAUGGAAUCGUGUGUGGCCAUUAAAGAUGUAACCAAAUUACGAACAUUUCAAAUUAUCGUAUCGCAGGGAAUUAUAGUGCCAUGGAAUGCAAUGGUUUUCUAA